GCAUGGGACAGGAGUCAGUUGGGGCGCAGGGGGACUGAGGGUGCAGGCUCAGAGCCUGGGUUCCGGGGUGCACGCGGUGCUGUGGGGUUGGGGCUGCCCUCUCAUGUCUUGCUAGCUCUUCCCAGCAGCUCUUGGAGUGCUUCCUGCCAGAGCCCUGGAGGUAGCCAGGGCUGGAGGGCUCCUUUAUGAAGAGCUGUGUCCCAUGAUGGGUGUCUGGGGGCGGGGCCUGGAGCGAGGGAAGGGGCGGGGCCGGCGCGGGGCAUUGUGGGUGGCCGCACGGAUGGCGCGCCUGCUGUUGCUGCUGUUCCUGCUCCCAUGCGCGACCCCGGGGCCCACAGACAAUAGCAGCUGGUCAGCCGGGCCGCGCAACGCCACGCACGGCCUCCCGGGUGCCGACUCGCCGCUGCUGCGUUCCCUCUACGUGCUCGGGGCAUUCUGCGGCCUGGCUGUGUUCUACUUCCUCAUCCGGGCCUGCAGACUGAAGAGGCAACAGCAGAGAAGAUAUGGGCUCCUGAACAACAUGGAGGAGCACACAGAGAUGGAUUCUCUGGACAGUGAAGAUGAGACUGGCUUUAAGACCAGGAAUCUGAGAUGAUACCGAGUUAGGGUCAGCAGCAUGAGUGAAGAUCAAGAGGUAACACUUGGUCUGCCAGCUCUAAUAUCCACCUGCCUGAUGAGGCCUUGCACAGUGGCUUCACUUACCCUGCGUGCAUCCUGGCCUGGCAAAGGAAUUUGCACCCAGACACUGAAGACCCCAGGCUGGACUGACUUGUGGGAUUCAGUCUUCCUGACCACCCCCUCAGGGAAUGAGGCAGCCUGGCAAUUAGGCCUGGCGUGGCAGGUGCACUCCUGGGUCCCCAGCUGUGUUCCCACUGCUCUGUGGACAAUAAAUGAGGCUUCUGCUUUGUAUCUGCCUCAAAUCUC